AUGAUCGGGACGUCCUACGGCAACCUUCACAAUGCCACCAACCCGAAGUGGUGGAAAGACCCUGGUCUCACAAAAAUGAUCAUUGUCGUUUGCGUGCUGUACAUGAAUGCCUACACUUGGGGAUAUGACGGAACCCUCCUCAACGCCAUGCAGGCUCACCCCAAGUGGCUCGAGUUCUUCCACUCGCCCUCGGACGGCACGCUCGGUCUCAUCAGCGCCAUCUUUUACUUUCCCAUUCUCGUGACGUCGUUCCUUGCCAGCUGGAUGGGCGACCGCUUCGGAAGGCGCAUCACCCUCCUCGUUGCGUGCACAGUUUCUAUUGCGGGUGCCCUGUGCAACACGUUUGCAAAGGGCCAGGCCGAGCUGCUUGCCGGUCGUGCGAUCAUGGGUGCCGCGCUCGGCAUGCAGAGCACCAUUGGUCCUCCCCUCAUGCAGGAGAUCUGCCACCCGCGUCUUAGGGCCCGUGCCAGUGCCAUGUGGUUUAUCGUGUACCAGUUCGCCACCGUCGUCGCCGCGUGGGUGUGCUUUGGCACGCUCAACUGGAACUCUAUGUGGGCGUGGCGUCUCCCGACCCUCCUCCAGAUCACGGGCACGUUUAUCAUUGUGGUGUUUACGCUGUGCGGCCAGAUGCCCGAGUCGCCGCGCUACCUGAUCGCCAAGGGCGAGGACGCCAAGGCCGUCCAGACGCUGGCAUACUACCACAGCAACGGCGACGAAAACGACGAGCUGGUCCAGUUUGAAAUGGCCGAGAUUAAAAAGGCGCUCGAGGUCGACAAGCAGUCGAGCUACGCCGACCUCGUGCGCACGCCGGGAAACAGGCGCCGUAUGAUUGCUCUGCUGUUCAUUGGUGUCUCGGGCCAGAUGUGCGGUAACGCCCUCGUGUCGUACUACCUUGCGCCCAUCCUCAAGCUCGUCGGCAUCACUGCUGCCAAGCAGGUCCAGGGAAUCAACGGAGGCCUUGCCAUCUUCUCCACGCUCAACUCUGCCUUCAGCGCACAGCUCGUCGAGCGCUUCGGCCGCCGCCCCCUGUGGCUGUUCUGCACGUCUGGCACGCUCGUCUGCUUCAUCAUCAUCACGGCUCUGUCGGGCUCGUACGCCAACAACCCGCACAAGGAGGUGGGCAUUGCGCUCAUCCCGUUCCUGUACCUCUUCUUCAUGUGCUACAACGCCGGCUGGAUCGUCAACGGCGCGCUGUACACGACCGAGAUCCUUCCCUACUCGAUCCGCAGCAAGGCGCUUGCCGUGUACGUCUUCUUCCAGACCGCGGCCAUUUGCUUCAACCAGUACGUCAACCCGAUCGGUCUCUCGGCCAUCGGGUGGAAGUACUACCUCGUCUUCAUCGUGACGGACGUGUGCUGGGUCGUCGGCGCAUACUUCCUCCUCCCCGAGACCAAGGGGUACACGCUCGAAGAGGUCAACGUCCUGUUCGACUCCAAGGACGCCGCCGAGGACGUGGCCAACGAGACGGCCGUGGUUGCCGCUGCUGCGGCUGGAUACAAGCACGACGAGGAUGUGCACAAGGAGUGA